CAGGCGACUAUGCAUCACAACUGCUGCUGCAGAGUCACUUAAAAUAGGACGGAGCACAAGGAGGUUAAGUGAGUUGCUCAGGGUCACACACAGUGAGUUAGCAUCUAGGAUUGAACCUGGAACCUCCUGGUAACAAACCCCUUUCUUUAACCAUUGGAGCACCAAACUUCUUCAAAUAAAUGUUAUUUUGAACACAACUUGGCCCCAAGGGCUCUCAAGCUAAAAAGAAAUAAGGAAAGCGAGUAAUUUGGAUAUUUGACAGCUGAGCUAAUGUUCGAUGUUUUUUUUUUCUUUUCCAUGUACAAAAAACAGACUUCGAAUAGACAGUUUGAAAUAGCUUGCCUGCUUGGGUGUUAGACAUUAGCAGGGGCCACUGCUAGAAAAAACAAGAAGUGGUUCUAUUCUCAACAUGGUCAGAAGUAUCUGAAAAAUGCAACCAGGCAGUGGAAAUGGCUACGGUCCUGUUGCUGUGUGUUUUGUGAUGUGAGUUACAGAAAUGGCACUAUGUUAAGAUAAAAUCAUUUCAGUUAUGGGAAGCCUGAUUUUAUCACAGGUCACCGGAAAGCAUGAGGGCAGAGAACAGUGAUCUUUGUGUUGUACUAGCAGUAUAUCAUUUGAAUGACAUUUGAAUUAUGUGUAAGUACACAUGUAUUUACUAAGUAACUGCUAUGUAUGAUCGGUUUAUGGUGUGCAGCAAAUAAGGCGUGUUUUCCCUUUGAAUAAAGCCUCUGUCUGAUCUGUAGAAGUGGUGUUGGCUCAAUAGAUCUUUCUCAUAGUGGAUGACAAGAUUUUAGCAAGCUUAUUUAAGCACCACUUCUGAUGCUGGAUAUUCAUGUUUGCUUGUAUAGCUUUUUCUCGUUGAACUGAUUUUUGUGACAAGUCAAAGAAUGGAGAUCAGCAACAUCACAAUGAGCACCAAACCUUUGCCUCAAAACACAGACGACUCGGUGUACAUCAACUAUGUAAUGGAGAUGGUAUUGAUAGUUUUAUACAGCAUCACUAUUAUUCUGGGAGUAACUGGAAACAGCAUAGUGAUCUGGAUGACCAGCUGCAAACUGAAGAAGACUGUGAUCAACGUCUGGCUCCUCAACCUGGCUGUCGCCGACCUGAUCUUCUGCUUCACCCGAGUCACCUCUUUGCUCAAGCUCCUCUUCUACACCUACUGGCCCUUUGGAGAGUUCCUCUGCAAGUUCAACGGUUUCUUCACAUACAUGAACUUGUUCUGUAGCGUCUUCCUUCUAGCUGUCGUCAGCCUUGACCGCUGCUUUUCUGUGGUCUUCCCCAUCCGGAUCAAGCAGUGGCGCACUGUCCAGAUGGCUUCCUUUGCCAGCGUAGGAGUUUGGGCGCUGGCCACAGCCUUUAGCCUGCCAUACUUCCUAUUUCGACGGGUCUCUAUGGAUCCAGGAAAUGGGAAUCUCUCCAAGUGCUCCUUCGAUGUUCCUGGAAGCAACGAUGGAUAUCAGAAUAAGGCCCUCUACAUCGUGAGGUUCCUUUUUGGUUUCUUGGUCCCCUUUUUAAUCAUUGCCACUUGUUACACCAUCAUGGCUUGCAAGUUGAGGCGGACACGAGUGCCCAAAAAGUCCUACAAGAUAAUUGCUGCAUUGGUGGCUGCCUUUUUCUUCUGUUGGGCGCCCUACCAUGUCUUUUUGCUGGCCAAGAUGGUCAAUAAGAAAUCUUUGGCGGUGAAGGUUGCUCUUCCUUUGUUCAAAGGCCUGGCCUACUUCAAUAGCUGCAUCAACCCCAUCCUUUAUUUCCUCAUUGCCCUGGAUUCAAAGAAGAGGUUCAAUCAAACACUGUCUUCGGUGUACAUCAGAGCUUUCAGUGAGGAAUCGGAUAGUUCCAGCCAUUGCCGGUCAACAAGGAGCAACAGAAGCUCUAUGACAAACACAGAGCAGGUUGCUUCAUUGUAAAAAUAC